UGUCACAAUACCUCCGACUGUUUCCUGCCGCUCUCUCUCUCUUUUCCUGUUGCAUUGGACUGGCUUUCGUCUCUCUUCCUCCUUCACUGGAGUGAAUGCGUGUUGAUUGAUGGAAACACUGAGCUAUUAGCAAAAGAGAAAAUAGAAAGAAGAACCUGUUAGUUCUUUCAUUCAGUCAUCUAUCCUUGAUCCGCCAUUGAAUCGACUCGUCCCUGUGAGCACACCCUGUUAGCAGCACCACAGCUGCCUGCCUUUCUCAAACACACUAACAGUACACAGGUCCAAUCCCGGCCGAGCGAGGGGGCGAGCUGGCCAUGGGGGGAGGUCGCAGCGAGACCUCGGCACUGAGCGGGACGGGAGGGGGGCGGGGCAUGACCACUACACAGAGUUCCCAACGGCCCAACGCCUGCUGCUUCUGCUGGUGCUGCUGCUGCAGCUGCUCAUGGAAUGAAGAGGAGCAGCGGAGGAGGAGGAAGAGAAUAUCACAGGACACCAAGAUGGAAACCAUACCAAACUGUGAAGCCUGCACCAGACCCUCAGCUGAGGAGAUCCGUCUGUGGUCUCAGUCUUUCGACAAGCUGAUGAGGAACCCUGCGGGUCGAAAUGUUUUUCGGGAGUUCCUGCGGACGGAGUACAGUGAGGAGAACAUGCUGUUCUGGCUGGCCUGCGAAGACCUCAAACAGGAAAUCAACAAGAGCGCCAUUGAGGAGAAAGCACACUCCAUCUACGAGGACUACAUUUCCGUACUGUCGCCAAAAGAGGUGAGUCUGGAUGCCCGGGUUCGAGAAGUGAUCAACAGGAAGAUGCAAGACCCAACAACUCAGUCGUUUGAAGACGCUCAGCUACAGAUCUACACGUUGAUGCACAGGGACUCCUACCCACGAUUCCUCUCCUCCAGCAUCUACAAGUCGCUCCUUCACGGCGGCUCGCGUACCUCUUCUGAAUCCUAGUCCCUCACCUCCUUCACACACACACCCCCCCCCCCCCCCUUCUGAUCCUGCAAAUACAGGAUUGAUGCCAGACCAUUUCAUUGCUACUCGAGCACAACACUUUCCAAAAAUUAUCAGAUAACUCCUCGACUCCUCAGAUCACUUCUGAGAAUCUCUAAUCUCUCUGAUUACUAAUGAUACUUUUUAUUUUUCUUCUCCAUAUCCUCAACUGUUAGUAUUGUUGCCAAGACGUCCUUUCCUCCUCUCAGCUUCAGUCUCCAGUUGACUCCUCUCUUCUUUAUUAGUUUGGUCUCACUUCCAUUCUUUUUCACUAUUACAACUCUUCAGCAUAAGAAUAUGGCAAAAAUAUUUGCCAGGUAAUAGUUGCAAUUUAUUAUUUGUUGUUUUUACUUUUUAUUUUUAUUUUAUUUAUUUUUUGUCAGAAUGGAAAAGUCUGUCUGACUGUAGGCCGAUUUUGUUUUUAAAUAAACUCCCUAACAAACAAACAUUUUGGAUUAGUUUGAAAGGGUCAAACUUCUAUCUUUUCUGGACCUUUCAACCUCAUCUCAUCUUCCUCAGUGGAUGAAGUAAGCACAGCCUGAAAGAUCUGAACAAACACUGUCUGGAAGGAUGUGGUCCAAAGGUCUGGAAAAAGCCAAGUGGCCUGACAAAUAUUGGAUUUUUGGCUCUGAUAAUGAUAUUUAACGCUUGGAAUUUAAAGGAUUUAGGCUUCCAUCAUUUCCUCUCGGCUGCUGAACACUUCAAUCCUCCUAUCCUUUAAACCAAUUUCCUACCUUAGAACCUCUCCUUCUCCCUCGUCACCUCACCUUUUUCCCGUUUUUCAUCUCAACAACUCCGAAACAGAGAACGAAGCUAUCUGGAUGUUGAAGUAUGGGAUAUUAUUUACUUGGGAGAUUUUAAUGCAUUUCAAAUGGCAGAAGUAUACACCUGUGCAACGGAUUCUUAUUAGAUUUUUGCUAAUUUGCCCCUCAAAUGUUCAUUGAAGAGCCAAUUAAAAGGUGGCUGUCCCUGACAUCCGCCCACCUCGUCACCUUGUUUUUCAUGCUACAGUUCUCUACUUUGAGAGUAAUGGAAAGGAAAAAGAUGGAUGCUGUCACAUUUCUUCUCUUUCUCUCUCUUUUCUCUCUUUCAACUGGAAAACACAGGCCGCUCCCUCCAUCUCCUACUACGAACCACAGUUUCAUUUUUAGAUUUUUGUUCUUAUUCACUCAUUUGCUGGAUCAAUUAUUUCACUCCUGUGAUAAACGGACAAAUGGAUGGAAGUCACUUCCUUCCGACUACUGAUUUACAAACAGACAAGACGUCUAUUUUUUAAGAGAAAACUAUAUGGAACACUUUAAUUCUGUUGAUUACUCUUGGUUUUGUUUAUUUGGUUUAUCCUAGUCUCUCCCCUUCCUGAAUUCUUUUGCAAGAGACUGUACUGACCCCCACCCGACCCGACACCAGACACCACUGGUGCAAUAAACACUGGAGUUUGAAACACACAAACACUUGCACACAUUUACAACAUUUGUGUUACUAUACAAUUGGUUCAUUAAUUUUUUUAAUAA